GUCACCGCCUGCCGCCGUCCGCGGAGGGAGCGGCCAGUUGCUGCUCUGGAGCAGCCACUUUUGGAGACUUCAGUCCCUGGGGCUGAGAUCUUCCUCUGGGCUCUGCAUCCCUGACCACUGGCCCCAGUCUCUUGCAGAGACAUGGAAGAAUUUUUGCAACGCGCCAAAUCUAAACUGGAUCGAAGCAAACGCUUGGAGAAGGUCCAUGUAGUUAUAGGACCUAAGACGUGUGACUUGGAUUCUCUCAUUUCAGCCUUCACAUAUGCAUACUUUCUGGACAAGGUAAGUCCACCUGGGGUUCUCUGCUUGCCAGUGCUGAAUAUCCCAAGAACUGAAUUCAAUUACUUCACCAAGACAAGGUUUAUUUUAGAAGAGCUGAACAUCUCGGACUCUUUCCACAUAUUCCGAGAUGAAAUCAACCUGCAUCAGCUAAACGACGAAGGAAAGUUGUCGAUAACACUGGUUGGCAGCAAUGUCCUGGGGAGCGAGGACGGAAUUUUGGAAUCUGCAGUUGUCAGAGUCAUUAACCCUGUUGAGCAGAGCGACGGCGAGCUGGAGCUCCCCGAGUCUUCCUCCUCCCUGGUGCUGAAGGAGCUCCUCCGUGAGGCUCCAGAGCUCAUCACCGAGCAGCUGGCUCACGUCCUCAGAGGUAGCAUCCUUUUCAAGUGGAUGACCAUGGAUCUGGAGGUCUCAGAGAAGCAGGAGGAGAUUCUCUCCAUCCUGGAAGAACAGUUUCCUAACUUGCCACCAAGAGAUGACAUCAUCAGCGUGUUUCAGGAAACCCAGCUCAGUGCUCAGGGUUUAAGUAUUGAACAAACAAUCUUGAAAGAUCUAAAGGAGCUGUCAGAUGGUGAAAUAAAAGUGGCCAUUAGCACAGUGAACAUGACCCUCGAGAACUGUCUCUUCCACAGCAACGUCACCAGUGACCUGAAAGCCUUCACAGACAAGUUUGGUUUUGAUGUCCUCAUCCUGAUCGCCAGCUACGUGUCUGAGGAGCAGCAGCCAAGACGGCAGAUUGCUGUGUACUCCCAGAACCUGGAGCUGUGCAGUCAGAUUUGCUGUGAGCUGGAAGAGUGUCAGAACCCCUGCCUGGAACUAGAGCCCUUUGAAUGUGGCUGUGGUGAGAUCCUGGUAUACCAGCAGGAAGACCUUUCUGUGACUUGUGACCAAGUGAUUCUUCUUGUCAAGGAAGUCAUUAAUAAGAGGUGUCCAGAGAUGGUCUCUAAUAGCCGGACAUCCUCAACGGAAGCUGUGGCAGGCAGUGCCCCUCUAUCCCAAGGCUCUUCGGGGAUUAUGGAGUUGUAUGGUUCUGACGUAGAGCCACAGCCAAGCUCUGUGAAUUUCAUAGAAAACCCUCCAGAUCUCAAUGAUUCUAACCAGGCUCAAGUGGAUGUUAACGUAGACCUUGUUAGCCCAGAUAGUGGGUUGGCCACUAUUAGGAGCAGUCGUUCAUCCAAGGAGAGCUCAGUGUUCCUCAGUGAUGACAGCCCAGUGGGAGAAGGUGCUGGGCCUCACCAUAGCCUUCUCCCAGGAUUUGACUCCUACAGUCCCAUCCCUGAAGGAGUAGUUGCAGAGGAACUUACACGGUCUGGAGAACACAGUGAACACUUUGACCUCUUCAACUUUGAUCCAGCACCCAUGGUUUCUGGGCAAUCCCAACCGUCUUCUCAUUCUGCAGACUGCUCCCUAGCAGAUGACUUCCCCAACAGUGACUCUUCAGAAGGACACCUCCCUGCUGAGCCUAAAGAACUUGAUGAGAUGGGGAUCAAUACAUCUAAUUAUUCCUCCAGUUCCCUUUUGUCAGAGGCUGGCAAAGAUAGUCUUGUGGAAUUUGAUGAAGACUUUGUCCAGAGACAGGAAAGCCUAGGAGACAAGUCUGAAAGAAACUUAAGCUUGACAAGUUUUAUGGGAGAUAGAUCUUCUUCCCCAGAAAGGCUGGAAAAUAUUGGAAAGAUGAUCCCACCAACACCUAUGAAUAGUUUUGUAGAAAGCUCACCAUCCACUGAAGAACCAGCUCCACUCUACCCAGAAGAUAUGGUCCAAAAAUCUAUUGACACAGGGCACCUGGGGCCACCCCAGACCCGUGCACGGUGCAGGAGCUGGUGGGGUGGCUUGGAAAUUGAUUCUAAAAAUAUUGUAGAUGCAUGGAGCUCCAGUGAACAAGAAUCUGUCUUUCAGAGCCCCGAGUCAUGGAAAGAUCACAAGCCCAUCCCGGUUGACAGGAGAGCCUCAGAUUCUGCAUUUCAACCCAAGAGUCUUGGACUCCCCAAAUCAGAUCCCUGGGAAUCUGAAUUUGCUCAUACCAAAGUGGGUAACAAAGAUACUCAAGACCAAAAGAAGGAGAGCUUGCAGCUUCAGCACCUGCCCCCUGAGAGAACACAUUUGCCAGAUGCUUGUCCUCAAAGAACAAACCACUUGAUAGAAGACUUUGCAGCUUUGUGGCAUUCAGGUCACUCCCCAACAACAAUGCCUGAGCCCUGGGGAAAUCCUACCGAUGCUGGUGAGGCCGCAGUUACAGUGUCCUUCCCAGCCUGGGGUGCAUUCGAUAAAGAAGAUAAAGCUGAAGCUUUAAAAAAUACCUGGAAUCUUCACCCCACCACCAGUGACACACCUGUGCAGGACCUGAAUGAGUGGGCUGUAGCAAAAAUUGGGUUUUCUUUCCCUUCAUCAGACCUACUGGACAAUUCCCUCACUGAGGUAAAUGAUGAAGCAGCUCCAAAAAUCUGGGCUGAAAAUAACAAGGCUAUUCUUCCAUCUGGAGACCCCAGCUCUGGUAUGGAACAAAGAUGGAAUAAUUCUAAGCUGCCAAAGGAACAUCAGAAUGAGUUAGCGGAUCCUAAGGCCAGAGGAAAGUUCUAUGAGAAGGACGAUUCCUGGAACCUCUUUGAGGAAAGUGUUAAGAAAAGGGACUCAGGUGUGCUAGCUCCUUGGGAAGAUUCCUUCUUGUCAUAUAAAUGUUCUGAUUACAGUGCAUCCAACAUAGGAGAAGACUCAGUCCCAUCCCCCUUAGACACAAACUACUCCACCUCUGACUCUUACACAUCGCCAACGUGUGCUGGAGAUGAAAAAGAAAUGGGAAAGAAACCAUUUGCUAAUGAAGAAGGUUUCGAAACAAAAGAUGUUGACUCUAUUGCAGAGGAGACUGACGUUCCUCCACAGCCAAUACACCAGUCACUGAGAAAUCGAAUCAGUUCAGGUCCUGGGAAUCUAGACAUGUGGGCGUCACCUCAUGCAGAUGAUAAACCUAAAGUAAAUGACACACAUGAUCCAGACAAAGAUUUACUCACGACAGAGCCCACAGAAAAGAAUGCCUGCGUGGAGGAGGAUGUUGGGGAAAGCAGCCUUUCCAGUUACGAGGACCCUGGCAUGAUGCAGCUGUACAAUGAGGCGAACCGGCAGUUCACACUUCUGCACAGCAACACCAACUCUCGUCAGGUGGCCUCUGACAGCCUCGACACGUGGAACAGAGUGAUUCUGGAGGACACACAGUCCACUGCAACAAUCUCAGAUAUGGAUAAUGACUUGGACUGGGAUGACUGCAGUGGGGGUGUGGCGAUCACUGGAGACGGUCAAAAAGAAGGCUACGUAGCUGAAAACACUGAACUAGAAACCCGGUUUUCAGUGAGACAGCUGGAACCAUGGGGCACAGAGUAUCAAGAAGCAAACCAGGCAGACUGGGACCUCCCUGCCUCUGCUGCGACCACCAGGGACACUGUUCUCAAUGAAUACCACACCCUGAAUGAGAAGAGUGGGCAGUUAAUUGCCAACAACAUUUGGGAUUCUGUCAUGAGAGAUAAAGAUCUGUCAUCACUCAGGUUACCAAACUCACAAUGUAUCACAGAUACAGAACAAAGCAGCUUGCCUCUUAAAAGUCCCAGCCAUUCAGUAAAUGUUGAAGACAGUCACAUGCUAGAAGCCUCUGGGCUCAGUGAAUCAGCAGCCCUUACGCCUCAUCUGGACAACCAUAAAACGUGGACAACAUCCCAAGGUGACCCAGCAUCUUCAAAGACCAAGCUUGAGAGUCCGGGACAUUUUACACCCUCAGAUCCAUGGAGAAGCCAGAGUUAUGGACACAGUGAAAGCAAGACUGAAGGUCUGGGAGCCUCUGACAGGGAGUACCUCGAGAAGAAGGCCAUAGUAGACCCCAGAGUAGAUGAUGCCUCACAGGUUUCUGGAGAGGAGCCAGGUGACCUGGCACUCCCUUCUCCGGUUAUACUCGAACAGCAAGAAAUCUGCACUGAGUCAGGCAAAGUAAGUUCUGCCUCGGUCACUUCCAGUCCUCAAACACAGGAACCGAAGGAAGCCUUAGAGUUGGAGAAGGGGUCUUACAAUCUAGUCCCCUUUGCUGUGCACACAGAGAUGUCCACGAGAAGCCUCCAAGCAAAAGAGACCUAUGCAGAGCCUCUCACACAUAAAAAGUCAGGUGAGACCACUGCAACUUCAGGUAGGGUGAAUCAAAUACAAAACAUACCUUCACCUGAAAUGGAGCUCAAGGACACCAAAGAACACAAUAUUCUGGAAACACUACCUUGUGAGUCUCCUCAAAGCUCUGACAUUUGGGAUGGCCCUAUAGAUAAUGACGUGUGGGACAGUCACAUAAGUUCUGAGGGAACUAGGAAUCCUGAAGGUCAAGGCACUGAAAACAGAUUUCUAGACACCCAUUCACCUGGACAUUCUGAAAGAGAUAGCAUCUCUAGUGAGUGUACUUAUUCAAGUGCAUCGAGCCCUGACCUAGCUGGCUCUUCAGCUGCCCUGUCCUCCUGGAGCCACAGGCCCAGUACUGAGCAUCAAAAAGAGGAUCAAGAUAAUAGGAGUGAACAGAAUCACCAAGAAUCAAAACUAAUUGCCACUGGAGCCCAAGUGGCAAUAAUUACCAAAAUGAAGGCCUUAGGAAAAAACAGAAAGGACCAGCUGGGAAAGACGUUUGAUCACAAGGAUCCCAAAUUUUCUGAGAUUUCAAAUGAUGUAAUGAAUGGUGAUUCUUUAUCCUCUUCAUCCAGCACUGGAACAGACAAAUAUUCUGAAUAUUCUAGUGCAUAUCAGGAAAGAAAUCUAAUGAUUAGCCAUCAAGAAGAAAGUGAACAUGACUUUCCUGAAAUUGUGCAGCCAGAAGAUACCAGGAUUCUGUCCACAAGCUCUGGUUCUGAUGACGACAGUGUAGGUGAUGAAGAGUCAGCAGAGAAAGAGAUCCGUUUGGCCACGUGUCAAGUUGCUCAGAGUGAAUCCAAAACUUGGGAUUCGGUACAUGAAUCUAAGUUCUUGGCCACAGAGAGUUCUGAGCCUGAGUUUUCUGUUUAUGUAGGUAAUUCAGAACCAACAGAGAAUGAGAACAAGUCAAACCCAUGCUAUGAAAAUCAACAAAGCCCUGAUCAGUGGAAUUUCUCACCACUUAUACAGACUAACACACAGGCCACAUCUAUGGAGGAAGAGGAAAGAUCUGCAGAAAAGGGGAAGACAGGAGAUGACGCAUGGCAAAUAUUUCCCAAAACUGAACCAGAAAAUGAAGACCAUUCUAAACUGGAAAUGCUUGGCUUCUCAACUGAGAGCGGUGAGUGGUGGAAUGCCCCUCUGCAUGAAGGGAGACCAACAGACCGUCCAUUGGAAGAGGAACUGCCUAAUUCAGGCAGUGAGUUGGAGAAGAAUUCUUCAGCAUUCCAGAAUGCGGGUCCCUGGGGAGCGUCCAUUCAGAGUGACAGUGAAUCCCUGGCAACACGCUGUACCAAUCCUUUCAACGAUGAACUUCGGUCAUCCUAUCUAGACAGUGGUGGAGACAACACACAUGAAAAACUUUGGAACAUUCAACCAAGGCAGCCAGACUCAGAUGCUAAUCAGUUUAGUCACCUAGUAAUAUUGGAUCAAAUUAAAGAAAAAGAUUUCGGACAGCAAAAAUUCAUGUCUUCUGCUGAGGGUGACCUUCCUGCAGAAACUCCUACCCAUGAGCAGUGUCAGAGAGCCAUGCUAUCAGUCUGGGACCAUGCAGACCCAGUAUUUACUCAUAUGGAUGGAAAUGGAAGUGUUGGAGCUAAUGUCUCAAGUGCUGAGUGCCAACAGGCGAAUUGGUGGGAACAAGGAAAAUCCUAUCUCAGUGAAAUGACACAUUCCAACAUUGCCACAGAAAAUCUCCCUGCUGCCAGUGCUCCCACACAACAGAUAAACAAGUCAGGCUCUGAAUGUUCUGGCCUUAGCCCCAGUGACCCCCAGGAGCCUUUUGUUCCAGAUAUUUGGCAUGGCAACUUCCAAGAGGGUGGGCAGUUGGCCUCAGCUUCGCCUGAUUUGUGGGUGGAUGCCAAGCAACCUUUCACUUUAAAAGCAGAUGGUGACAAUCCUGAUAUCCUGACUCACUGUGACCACGACAGCAACUCUCAGGCCUCCAACAGCCCUGAUAUAUGCCAUGCUGAGGCAAAGCAAGAGCUGGAUCAGCACACCAGCGUUUGUGGAGGGCCUGAAGCAGAAUCCAGCGAGCUUCGUCUCACUGAAGCAAAGAUGAAGGACGAGGCCAGUCAAGAGCCUGGGCAGGAGCCCCUCCCACACAAGUCAGAGCUCCCUUCAGAGCGUGUGGUUCCUCUGCCUCCAGUCAGCAGUCAGGCAACUGUAGACAGCUCAUUUCUGUCUGCCUCUCCAAAAGCUUCUCCUGAACCUUCUGAACGGAAUGGGGACAACAAUACAAGCUUAAUGGUAUCAGAAAAAGGACCCAGCCCGGAGACUACACCAAUUUUGGAAUCUGCCGAUAGAACAAGCCCCAGCAUUGGACAUGUGGAAACUAGCAUUUUUAUAACUCACCAGGAGCCAACUAUGGAUGGCAACUGCUCUUGGGUGUCAGAGGACAUCUUUCCUGGAAGUCAGGCAGAUACUAGAACCUUUCCUGACUAUGAGCAACCUUUUGCUUCUGAGAAUCCUGCUGUACUUACUGAUGUCUUGCUGGCCUCAGACACCUGCCUGGAUGUCAGCGAAGCUGCCUUCGACCAUAGUUUCAGUGAUGCCUCAGGAACAAUAGAUGACGUGAGUAAGUUAAGUGUAUCAGAAGGCCAUCCUGAGACACCACUUGAUGGGGAUGCAGUGAAACAAGAUAUCUGUUCAUCCGAAGCCUCAUGGGGUGAUUUUGAAUAUGAUGUAAUGAGCCAGAAUAUUGAUGAAGAUCUAAUGAAAGAGCCUGAACACUUCCGGUAUGGUGGUGACCCUCCAUUGGAGGAAGACUCUCUGAAGCAAUCACUGGCCCCAUACACACCUCCCUUUGAUUUGUCGUACCUCACAGAGCCUCCUCGUAGUGCUGAAACAACACUGGAAACUGGGUCUCCAGAGGAUGCCUCUCUGGGGAGCGAAGCGGCAGAGAUGUUGCUUUCUGCCCUUCCUGACCAAAGUGAGGGAAACCACUCCGAGACCAAAGACAGACAACUGGCUCUGCUGCAUAUUCACGAAGAGCCUGAGGCCCUUCCUUCACCUGUACUAGGAACAGGUUCCAACAUUGAAUUGUCUCCAUCCAACAUUGACUGGGAAAUAGAAACGAAUAAUUCUGAUUCACCAGCAGGUGGCGACGUGGGACCACCAAUUGGUGUCAGCAAGGAAAUAUUAGAGUUAGACGAAGAAAUAGUAAUUCCCAUUAAAGAGCCUCAGCAGAGAAUAUCAGAAUGCAACGAAGAAAGAUGUGCAGAGAAGACUGGAAACAGUCAUACGCUAUCUGCGGAUUACAUACUCAUAAGCCACAAAAAAGAUUCACCAUUGAAACCAGAGGCCUGUGAGGCAAAAGAAAGUGUAUCUGAAUUAGAAAGGUUAUGCACAGAUUUUAAAGAAACAGGGCUGCCAGAAGCUCAGUUAGCGAGCUUCCCAGACACGUGUCAGUCUGCCUCUUUAAAUAAAGGCAAUGAUCAUUCUGCUGAGAGAAUGUCUUCCACAAAUAAUAAGAAGGCAUCACUUGAAAGCCCUGCACAAGACCAGAGUUGGAUGGUCUUUGGCCAUGGUGAGGCUGAUGAUCCAUCCUCAGAAACCAGGGACUCGGAGUCUGAGGGGUCUGGCAGGACUGUGGAACAGAUCUCAAAUCUCAACUUGGACAAGAGUUCCCCGUUGCAGAUUGUGGAAGAAAUGAGGCCUCUAGAAUCUUUAACACUAGAGGAAGUUUCUGGUCUGGGCAAGAGCCGAGGUUGGGCUGGACUGGAUGUAGGUCCAGAUGCAGUUCCAAUGCAGGCUGUCACCCAUGACAAUGAGUGGGAAAUGCUUUCACCACAACCUUCUCAGAAAAACAAGAUCCCCACACAGGAAAUGGAGGAGGAGACAGAGUUCCUUGAACCUGGAACCAGGAAACCAAGGCCAAAUGGACUCCCGUUGGAGGAUGUAGGGAUGGACAUUCCCUUUGAGGAGGGAAUGCUGAGUCCCAGUGCAGACAUGAGGCCAGAACCUCCCAAUUCUCUGGAUCUCAAUGGCAGUCAUCCUCAGAGAAUCAAGCUCACAGCUCCAAAUAUCAACCUUUCUCUGGAUCAAAGUGAAGGAUCUAUUCUCUCUGAUGAUAACCUGGACAGUCCAGAUGAAAUUGAUAUCAAUGUGGAUGAACUCGAUACCCCUGAUGAAGCGGAUUCUUUUGAGUACACUGGCCAUGAAGAUCCCAUGUCCAACAAAAAUUCUGGCCAAGAGUCGGAGUCCAUUCCAGAAUAUACGGCCGAAGAAGAGCGCGAGGACAACCGACUGUGGAGGACAGUGGUGAUUGGAGAACAGGAGCAACGGAUUGACAUGAAGGUCAUUGAACCCUACAGACGAGUCAUUUCUCACGGAGGAGACUCAGGAUACUAUGGAGAUGGUCUGAAUGCCAUCAUUGUGUUUGCUGCCUGUUUUCUGCCAGACAGCAGCCGGGCGGAUUACCACUAUGUCAUGGAAAAUCUUUUCCUAUACGUAAUAAGCACUUUAGAACUGAUGGUUGCCGAAGACUACAUGAUUGUGUACUUGAAUGGUGCCACCCCAAGGCGGAAGAUGCCAGGGCUAGGCUGGAUGAAGAAAUGCUACCAGAUGAUUGACAGACGACUGCGCAAGAAUUUGAAGUCAUUCAUCAUUGUUCAUCCAUCUUGGUUCAUCAGAACAAUCCUUGCAGUGACUCGACCUUUUAUAAGUUCCAAGUUCAGCAGUAAGAUUAGAUAUGUGAGCAGCUUAUCCGAGCUCAGUGGUCUGAUCCCGAUGGACUGCAUCCACAUUCCAGAGAGCAUCGUUAACCUGCUUCAUUUGGACUUGAAAGGGACUUGAUCAUCAGCUCAAAGAAAAAAGACAAAUAUUCUGUAUCUUCCUGCAUAAAAUAGACAGGAAAAUGGACUUCCAAUUAGCACAUCCAAAAGAAUCUCACUUAAAAGCACUCACUCGAGAGAAGCUGAAAGUGUUCUUGUUUAGUGUGUGUCUGUGACGUCAGGACAUGCAGAAGAGCUGUCUCUGUAAGUCAUUUAUCUCUCAUAGCAAACCCCACAUUACAGAUGCAAGGGGGGUAACUCAGAGAUUACUUAUGGGAAGAAAGAGUAGGAACCAGGAAGGGAUGGAACUAGAAUAUCAGUUCAACAAGUAGAAGCCUUUGAUCUUCCACCAAGUUAGACAUGAACACAGGAAAUUGGUGGACUUGCUGGAGUCAGCUGGCUCAGCAGAGACAAGCAGUAUUUAUAAGAUCCUAACUAGGGCUUCAGUCCUCAUUCCUUUCAUAGGGUUCCAACAAGCAGUAAACCUCCAGCUCUGGCCUGCACUCUGUAAGGUGCACCCCGUCUCUAAAACCCACUCCUCUGUUAAAAAUCAUGCUUCUGGUAUGGGGAAGUGGGGGUCUGUGAGAGCAGAGUAGCUGUUGGGGGGUGGAAGGUGGGGAGUAGUGUGCCUAGGGUCCUGGAAAAUUAACAGCCACCAAAGUCACCCCAGGUCAGUGGCUUUCGGAUGCUUGUCUCAGGAACUUGAAGAAGGAAUUUCACAGACAAUGGGGAGGGUGAGUUUUAGAAAGGAGUUUAUUAUAGAUUCAUAGGUGACAGCUUGAGACCAGAAGCAAGCAGAGCUCUUGUACAAUGAGAGCAGGUCCCAAGGAAAGGUUGCCACCACGUGUCUCUGUGCAGGAGUUAAUAAGGCUUUUCUGGGUUGAGGCAUGGGGGGAGAAUCACAGUCCACCCAUCUCACCCCAGCUUCACUCAGAGCAUCUCAUGUAGCUUCCAGGCAGUUGUGCUCCUUGUGUAAAAGAAGAAAAUUAACAAGAAACCCAACCAGGACCAGAGCUCUUAACACUCCUGGCGUUCCUACCCUCCAGGCAGAGCCCCCAGCACUCCUGGUGUUCCUACCUCCAGCCAGGACAGAACCCAAGACACUUCUCACUUCUGGUCAAAAACAAAAAUCAGAACUUCUGUGUCCAAGGACUCUGUCCCUCAACUACUUGUCCACUUUCUAUUUCCUGACAUCAUUCUUGGCCAACCACUCCUAAACUGCUCCUGUCUCUGGAAAAGAUGACAUAGGACAUUCUCUCUUUCUGUGGGAAUAAGCCCUGGCCACUUUCCAGGAAAACACAGCACUGUUUCUGUGGUGUGAGAGACAACGGCAUGAAAAAGAGGGUUUGAGGCCGUUACAUGUGAACCUUUCCUCCUACUUCUCAAUGUCUCUGAAACUUAAGGUAACCUAUGAAAAUUCUGAGGCUUAGCUUUCACAUCUGUAAAAUGGGGCAUAGGAUUGUUCUGAAGAUUGAAUGAGAACAGAGACCAUAAGGCAUUUUUGAAGCCUGGACACAGAGCUCCCAGUCUACAAUGUUACUGAUUAUGAUCAUGUUGUUUUAGAAACUUGUGGAAGUUCAUUGAGAAGCUAGAAUGGUCAGGGCACUUUUCAUUUGAUUACACAUAUCUGUUCUCAAGGCCUCCAUUUUAGAAAAGUUACUUCAAGAGGAAGAGGCAGUUGGAAAGAUUGGUGCCUCCCCUCCAACACCUUGGCCCCUGCCCGUGUCCGUUUUCUCCUGUCUUUAUAAUCAUCUUAGGAUGUCCUUUCUACCAUUUCCAUUCCUAGCCUUCAUCACCUCAUUUUCACAUUAAGCACUUUUCAACUAUGUUCUGUUACUGAAUAACUAUUUUCUAUUACAAAUAACAUUCAAAACCUCUCAUCCCAGCCAAUCCAAGACCAGAAUUCAGCUGAGCAGAGCCUGUCAUCAAUGGGCUUGAAUGAUAGAAAAACUGCCCAGCCUGGAAUCAGAUUUAUCAUCACAGUUACAGUUCAUUCUCAUUAUUUGGGGACAGUUGUGCUGAAUAAAGUCACUGUAAACACUUAACGAGCUCUGAACUACUAUUCCUAGGGAAAAUCUACAGCUGGGAUCCUGUAAGCCUCUGAUCACGAUGCUUUCAUUACCCUACCAGUAUCCAACCUUGUUUCUGUGUUUCUGUUUUAAGAAAACUUCUUAGGUUAUACUGUUAACUCACUAACAUUGUGCUUAGCUAGGUAUAGUGGCACACAUUUGUAAUCGCACUCAGAUGACUGAGGCAGGAUGAUCAGGAGUUUGAGGCAAGCCUGGACUACACAGCAAGACACUAUCUCAAACAAACCAACAAACAAAACAAACAGAAUACUGAACUCAAGCCCGGCAUCACUAUAACUUAUGCCUGUCUUACAGAAUACACAUGUUCUCUGUAAGAUUCAUCAGCUUUCUUUCACAUAGGAACGCUAGGCAGCAUCAGCACCAUGCUUCAGGGCCAUUUUGAAAGCAAAAGCACAAAUUUUAAAAAAUAUCAUAAAUAAACUGUAUGGGACAAGAAGGUGGAGGCCCAACAGUCUGAUUUCAGCUGGCUGCCUGCUCAUGCCAACUCAAGGUUUGUGCCACUCGGUGAUUGUCCACAAGUGGCACAGCUGCUGCACUUUGUGUCUGGAGAGUGCAGAUGCUCUAGUGAACAGGCAAAUUUAUAAACACAGAAUCCACAAAUAAUGAGAACUGAUUGUAUAUUUAUGAAUUGUAAAUCACUAAUUAUACCUAAUCCAAGUAAGCGUUCUCUCCAAAGCUAAUCUGAUUAUCAUUUGGGUGAGCUUUUUUCUCUCACGUUCUGACUUUUUAAAACCUGUCAUUUUUCCCAUCUGUUGCUCGUUUUUCUCAUGACAUCCAUUUUUUAUCU